AUGUCGGAACUGAAGAUUGGUUUCUUGGGAUGUGGCAACAUGGGUGAAUGCAUCAUGGCGGGCAUGCUGAAGGCCAAGACGCUAGGCCCAGAGAAUACGUUUAUUUGCAAUCGAAGCGCAUCCACAAAUGAACGGCUGGUCUCCCUGUACCAGGUGAGGAGUGUGAGUGCUGUUGAACUGGCUGAAAAGUCGGACAUCAUCAUGCUGGGUGUGAAGCCGUACGGGAUUGUACCCGUUCUGGAGACGAUCAAGGAGAAGAUAACAACGUCCAAGCUCAUUAUUUCCAUGGCUGCCGGCGUGCCUAUUGCAACCAUCGAAAAUCACUGUCCUCCGAAAACCAAAGUUGUGCGUGUUAUGCCUAACAUUCCAUCAUUCGUGGGGGAGGGAGUAACAUCGAUCAGUGGUAACGCUGCUGUGAUGCCUGACGACGAGGCGGUAGUGAUGAAGCUGUUCGAUGCGAUUGGAAAGACGUACCGUGUGGCCGAAUCGGCGAUUCACGGAGUCGUCGGUGUGGCCGGGUCUUCCCCCGCUUACGUGUUCAUGUUUAUGGAGGCGCUGAGCGACGGCGCUGUGCGUGGUGGUAUUCCCCGAGCGCAGUCCUAUGAAAUGGCUGCACAGGCCGUUCUGGGUGCGGCUAAGAUGCUGCAAGAGAGUGGGAAAACACCUGCUGCUCUGAAGGACAUGGUUUGCUCGCCGGGUGGGACAACCAUCGAGGCCGUUCGUUUUCUGGAGAAAGGUGGGAUGCGCUCAUCUAUUAUUGAAGCCAUGAUUCAAUGUAUGGAAAAGUCAAAGGAAUUUGAGAGAAUGUACAGCGAAUAA